GACCAGAGCAAUUUUGUGUAACCCAUCGGGUUACAAUAGUUAAAAUAGUUUUCGAAGGGAUUGUCAGCUGGAUAGGCUCUCUGCAAGGUUUUGUAUGUCUUACCUAUCAUAUGAACAUCAUUUCCUGACUCAAAUAGUAUUCCCUCAAGGUUGCUCUGAUGUCCAAAAGAUUUCAAAUCAAAAUGUAUUGAUUUGAAACUUUUAAGUAUCAUGUAUUUGAAAAUAUCUUGGUCAGUCCAACAUUGCUUUUUAAUUCUGUCAUGGAAAUAAAUCAACCCUGGCAGUGUACCUUUCCCCCACAUAUUUCUCUCUACCUCUCUGAGUCAGGUUUCUGGGGACUGAUCAACAACGCUGGGAGGACCUCACCUAUAGGCCCCAACUGAAUAGAUGCAGCUGGAGGACUUCAGGAAGGUUCUGGAUGUGAAUUUAAUAGGUCUGAUUGAAGUGACCCUGAAGUUCCUCCCACUCUUAAAGGAGGCUCAAGGAAGCGUGGUCAAUGUUGCCAGUAUCCCCGGGGGAGGCUUUCCCUCAAUGGAGGAGACUACUGUCUAUCCAAGUAUGGUGUGGAGGCCUUCUCUGACAGCCUUGGGCGGGAUUCGCAGAAUUCUGGUGUCAAAGUGGGGCUGGACCUUAUGGAAGCAGACCACCAGAGACUGUGGAAUUGUCUUCCUGAAGAGACAUCUCCAAAGUGACCAGUUGCAUGCCCUUACAGCUCGCCACCCACAGACACGCUACUCACCUUUUGGGGAUGCCAAGCUCAACUGGGUCCCCCUGUCCUACCUCCCUGCAUUCAUAGCAGACUUCGCCGUCGCUGUUCUACUUCCUGUCCCCAAAGGCGACAGAAAGAUCCAUGCAAACCAAGUGGGUGUGGCAAACACAAGCCAGUGGACUUUUUCCCUUUAUCAAGUACAUCUAUGA